AUGAACUUUUUGGUAUUUAUAUUUUUCUUAAUAUCACUAUUUACUAUUUCAUUGGCAUCAUUUUGUGGAAAAUAUGGUGUUCCAUUCUCUUUUGAAGUCCUUUCUGAUGGUGCUCCUGUUUUAGGAUGUGCACAACCUUCUUGUAUCUUACAACCAGAAGAUGGAGAAGAUGACUCUGAAUUUUUGACAGACGAAAAUGGAGAAAAAGAUGGAUUUUUUAGAGAAGGUGAUAAAUCAAUUAAAAAAUCUAAAUUUGUUGGUGGUUUACCUAAGUUUCAUGCCAAUUGUAGUGGAGAAUUUAAUGAACUUACAUGUAAUAAAAAAAAUCAUUGGGUUGGUGGUAUUGAAUACAUUGAUCAUCCAAGACAACCAUUAAUUCUUCAAUGUUGUUCUUUUGAAGGUUUAAAAUUUUCUCAAGAAGUUGGUACAACACGUGUUAAUCCAAAUGAAGCUAUAAAUGGAGGUGAAGUAAUUCGUAAUGGAAGACAAAUUUCUUUUGAUGUUAUUUCUAAUGUAAAAAAAGUAACUGAUGAAGAUGGAACUAAAGUUGGUUAUGAAGUAACAGUUCGUCGUAUGAAUUGUCUUCCAGAUCCACCAGAGCCAACUGUUGAUGUUGAUGAAGAAGCACCAGAAGAAAUUGUUAAAGUAUUAGAAGUUGUUAGUGCUGCUGAAAAAAAAGCCAUUAAUAAUGGAGUAAAUAAUGAAAUGACAAAGAAAGAUGAUUCACAAAUUCCUAAACAAUUUGGCCAACCAAAUGUUCCAAUUCAUCAAAAUUAUGUAAAUAAUAAACCAACUCAAAAUUUAAUAAAUGGACAACAAGGAAAUGUUUAUCCAAAUAAUCAAGUUCCACAAAAUAUUUACAAUAAUCAACAACCAUAUAAUAAUGUCCAACAACCUUAUAAUAACAACAAUAAUAAUAAUGUUAAUGUUCAACAACCAUAUAAUAACAAUAAUAAUAUGCAGCAACCAUAUAAUAAUAAUCUUAGACAACCAUACAACAACAAUAAUAAUAAUGUCCAACAACCAUAUCCUGUUCAAACAACUCCAGCACCAUUUGUAUUUCCAACAAUUCCACCAUUCACUCUUGCUACUCAUACAUUCCCACCUAGCUUAUUUUCUCAUCUUCAUACUCUUCCACCACAUUUCCAACAUCCUGGAUUUGGAGGAUCACCACAAACAGCAGUUGGAGGUGUACCAUCACAACAAAUCCCAUUUACUUUCCCAACAAUGGCACCAUUACCAACACAUCCAACUCUUCCACCAAUAGCACUUCCACAACAUCCAGCAAUGCAUGGAGCAACCCAAUUCCAACUUCCAGGUUUCCCACCACUUUCUCUUCCAUCUUUUGGAUCUUUUGCUCCACAAUCUCCAACUGUACAAAAAACCAAAUAA